CGGUAUAGUUAUAUGACCAUAUAAGGGAUGUGAUAGUAACUAGAACCAUAUAUGGCAUGAAAGGAAUUAUUUCAGGAAAUUAAGCUCUUGAUUUCUGAGAAUGGAAGAAAAUAACCUAUAUAAUAGGUAAACGGUAUGGAACUUGGCACGUGCGGGAUAUGUGGUUGUACCUGACAGAGCUUAAAUCUACGAAUACAAUCACGACAACUUAAGAUGAACCCGGAAGACGAAUUAGCAGCACUAAUAAUUGACAAUGGAUCCGGAAUGUGUAAAUCCGGAUUUGCGGGAGAUGAUGCGCCGAGGUCUGUCUUUCCUGCCCUUGUUGGACGUCCUAGAUAUGAUGUUGUGAUGACGGGGAUGGGAACUAAGGAUUGCUAUGUAGGGGACGAGGCUCAGAGUAAACGGGGCAUACUCUGUCUCCGGUAUCCUAUAGAACACGGCAUCGUCACCAACUGGGACGACAUGGAGAAGAUCUGGCAUCAUACCUUCUACAACGAGCUUCGCGUGGCGCCCGAGGAACAUCCGGUCAUGCUCACAGAGGCCCCACAGAAUCCCAAGGCUAACCGAGAAAAAAUGACACAGAUUAUGUUUGAGACAUUUAAUUCGCCCGCUUUCUACGUCAGUGUACAGGCAGUUCUCUCCCUUUAUGCCUCCGGUCGGACCACAGGCAUUGUGUUUGACGCAGGUGAUGGUGUCUCACACGUUGUCCCAAUAUAUGAGGGCUACUCGCUUCCCCACGCCAUUAAUAGGAUGGACCUCGCCGGGCGAGACCUCACGUACUAUUUAAAGAGGAUUCUACAUGAACGCGGAUACAAUUUCAACACAACAGCUGAACUCGAACUUGUCCGGGACAUGAAGGAGAAACUGUGUUACGUAGCUUUGGACUUUGAGUCGGAAAUGAAUGCAGCAAGCACCUCGUCAAGUGUAGAAAAAUCAUACGAACUCCCGGACGGGACAGUAGUCACUAUUGGAAAUGAGCGCUUCCGGUGCCCGGAAGUGCUAUUUCAACCAUCUAUGAAAGGAAUGGAGGCGGAGGGGAUUCAUGAACUUGUCAACAAGUCAGUGAUGACGUCAGACAUAGAUAUUAGAAGAGACCUUUACAGUAACACGGUUCUUUCAGGGGGGACAACCAUGUUUCCAGGCAUUGCUGACCGGAUGAUGAAAGAGCUAUCCGCGAUAGUACCCAACAGCACGAAGGUCAAGGUCAUUGCUCCACCUGAACGGAAGUACUCUGUGUGGAUUGGUGGAUCAAUUCUUGGGUCGUUAUCAACAUUCCAACAAAUGUGGAUCAGCAAACAGGAGUAUGACGAAAGUGGACCAUCUAUUGUACACCGGAAGUGCUUUUAAAAAAGUGUCUCAAACUUAGUGGUCAUAGACCAUCUCCAUUCGGCACACCUCGGCGGAUUCUGCUUCCCUUCCAAUUGCAACAUCUCGGGGAAAUUUCUGGCAACACUCGUAGAUUUCCGAGUGUUGCCGGAAAUUUCCCCGAGAUGUUGCGAUUGCUACCCUUCAUCUAAUUAGAUGUAGGGUAGCGGAAUCUGCCGAGGUGUGCCGAAUGAGACCAUCUCAAAUGGGAGAGGCAGAACACUCACUAAUGCAUCGUUUGUUAGUGGACAUAUCGGAGAGAAAUCAGGAUUGAUGUAUUUUUUAUUUUUAUUUCAUUUUCUAAAAAUAUGUAAUAAUGCCUGUGAAUAUCAAUCGACCUAUUGUUUAAGUUGGAGAUAUUUAUAUUGAGCUUACAAUGGCUGCUCUAAUAUGCCAUUAUAGGUACAACACUUCAUUAGGUGAUUGUAUUCCAUGUAAAUAUUUUUCUGAUUGAUUCAAAGAGACGAACAUUUUUAUCUGAUUUUGUAUAUCGCUACCCUCAUGUUUGUUCAUUAUGAAGUAGUAAAUGAAUCGUCAUGGCCCUUAAUGACAGCCGUCGUUGUGCCGUGAAACCCAAACAAACAAAAGCAGAGAGGGUACUCGUAGUACGGUAAAAAUAACACCUUAGCAUUGACUGAUAUCGAAUCAUAAACGUCCGUGUAUAGAAUGAAGAGUGAUAGAAUGUUUUAACUCAUCCGUUGUAUGUGUAGGAUGAGUUAACUUUUAAAAUGAAUCGCAGCAUAUUGUAGCAAUUGAAUGGAAUGCUCACGUGCUUGAACUUUGAUAUUAAAGUCUUAGGACGAUAUUCACGUGAAAAUAUAUGUUCAGUUUUGAGGGUAACGAUUCUGAAGAUGAAUAAAUGAGUUUAGAAACUGCCA